AUGCCAUUGAAGUUAAUUGUUUUUACAAUAAUUGUCUUGUUGGAAUCUUCUAAUGCUGCACCAACAACUGAAGAAUGUUCAACAAAACCAUCCGUUUGUGCAUCUAAUGGUUUUUGCUUCAAAAAUUCGGAUAAUUCUUCUGCUUGUCAAAAAUCAUGUCCAAAUGGUUGGAAAUGUAACAAUGGAGAUAUUGUAUGUAGUAUUCCAGUUGAAAAAAUGAUAAAAGAAGUUGCUCAAAUAAAACAGAAUGAUGUUGUUUAUGGUUUUGCACUCAAUCAGCUUUGUAUUGCUAGACUUGGUUGCCAACAUAAACAAUCAUUGGAUAAUCCAUCAUGGUUUGAUAAUAUUCUCAAUGCAUUUAUUGAACCUUAUGUUCAAAAGAAUGGAAAUUGGAGUGAUGUUAUUAAACAAUGUCAUGCUCAAUAUUCAUAUAUUCCUAUAUUAGGAAAAUAUUUAUGUCAAGAGAAAAUGGCUGAAUAUCAUAUAACUUUUGAUUUAAAAAAUGCCGUAAAUAAAAAUGGUUGCGGAACACAACGUGAUUGGGAUACAAUUGGUAAUUUUCUUGUUGAUUGUAUUAAAGAAGCACAUAUUGGUAUUCCUUUUGGUGAAAGUUACGCAAUAUCUGAAGUUUUUCGAAAUCGUAAUAAUGUUCGCGAAACUUGUAUGAAAACAAGACAAGAAAAUGGACUUCAAAUGGUAUUUUAA